UUCCUUCUUUUCCACUUCAUAGCAACAACUCACACACGUUUAGUCAACACUUUGAAAGAAAAAAAGUAAUUUUUAUAAGAUGUUUCAUCAUUAAAAUUUUAUUAUCUCAUAAUUUGACUUUUUUAGGCUCACAAAAAAAGUAAAGUAAAUCAAACUGUUGUCUAAGUGAUAAUAAAAUGACUUUUUUCCUCAUCAUUUAUUAUUUAGUCUCUCAUAAUUCGACAUUUUAUCUCCUAUUUAAAACAUCAGUUCAACUUUUCCCUGCUAAAAGUCCAAAUAAAAGAAAGUGUUGUCUCAGCAGACUCCAACGACCGUCCAUAACGAGACUACGUCCUCUUUACAACUCGCCCUGGUCCAGUUCCGAGAUAAGACGGGAGUCCUCAUUUCAAACAAAACCUUUAUUUGAUGUCACAGUCCACCGCCGUAAAAAAAGAGAGUUCGUUGACCCGAGGGUGGUCCCGGCCCGCAUGUCCCUCGUAAAACUGCUUAUGGCUCCGUCUUUGAUGGACGCCCAAGAGGGGGCGGAGCCAGGACUAUAUAAGGACCAGCAGGUCUGGGCCUCGGCACCUCCUGAGCCCACACCUGCACCAUGGCCUUCGCCGGAAGAUACGAAACCGAAACCCAGGAGGGCUACGACGCCUUCUGCAAGCUUCUGGGUAAAGUCCGGAGCAGCUAAGUGGUUUUUCCUCACCUCAGUCCUCGACCCUCUUUUUCCUCACCUCAGUCCUCGACCUUCCUCUCCUCCUCCCGCAGGCAUCCCGGCCGACGUCAUCGAGAAGGGCCGCGACUACAAGAUCAUCACCGAGGUCACCCAGGACGGGAAGGACUUCUCCUGGACUCAGGUCUACCCCACCGACGCCAAGGUGACCAACAAGUUCACGGUGGGCCAGGAGUGCGACAUGGAGACCAUCGGGGGCAAGAAGUUCAAGGCCACCGUGUUCUUGGAGGGCGGCAAGCUGAGCGUCUCCUUCCCCAACUACCAGCACACCUCCGAGAUCCUGGCAGGGAAACUCAUCGAGACCUCCACAGCUGGGUCGGUGGUGCUGAAGAGGACCAGCAAGAAGAUCUGAGUUCUCGGGGACCUUUUUGGGGUCCAGACUCCGUGAAUAAAGUACCACCAAACCUUCAA